AUGGCGGCCGCUCCGUGCCCCAGGACAGGAGGCAGGAGCCCAGUGGCCGCAGUCUCUUCCCUGCUCGGGGUCUUGGCCCCAGGUCUGACUUCUCCUUUGCACGCUAGUGAUGAUGAUUAUGAUGACAAGGGCUCGUGGCUCCCGGCGCCCGAAGCGGGCAGUGUGGGCGCUCAGACCCCUGGCUCCAAAAUCAGAAGCUUUUUUGGCCCGUGGUAUCGUGGCAGUAGCAGCUCGGACGCCUCCCGGCCAGGCAGCGCUGGAGCGUGGGGAAUCGUUGACUCGCAGGGAAGCAGAAAGGAGGAAACUCCAAGCCAGGGAGAGGAAGCAAGCGACCCGGAGGAGACGGACGGGCUGGAGGGCGAGCACUGCGCUGGGCAGCCUGGCAUGGCGCGGCUGCGGGUCCUGUUCUGCCUCCAGCUCCUGCCCUGGGCCUGGGGCUCCGUGCAGGAGCUGGACGCAGCCGGGAGGAACGUGUGCGUGGACAAGAGGGCCGCCUGCGCGGCGGAGGAGGGGUGGGUGAAGCCGGGGGUCUGCCGCUGCAAGCCUGGCUUCUUCGGGGCCCACUGCAGCUCCCGCUGCCCCGACCAGUACUGGGGCCCUGACUGCAAGCAGAGCUGUCUGUGCCACCCGCACGGGAAGUGCAACCCCGUCACCGGCCACUGCACGUGCCAUGCCAAUCGCUGGGGACCUCUCUGCCAGUUCCCGUGCCCGUGCGGGCCUCACGGUCGCUGCCACCCCCUCACCGGAGCUUGCCUGUGUGAGCCGGGCUGGUGGGCACCGACCUGCAAGCGGCAGUGUCAGUGCAACCUGUCUGGCUCCCGCUGCGACCCCGCCACCGGGCAGUGCCUCUGUGCCCAAGGCUGGUGGGGCAGGCGGUGCAGCUUGCCGUGCGCCUGCCACCUCUCCCCGUGCGCCCAGGACUCGGGGAAGUGCGAGUGCAAGGCGGGGUUCUGGGGCUCGUUAUGCCAACACCCGUGCGACUGCCUGCACGGGAGCUGCAGCCCCCUCACUGGGUCCUGCACCUGCAGCCCUGGCUACCAGGGCAGGAGCUGCAGGGACCCCUGCCCAGCCGGGCACUACGGACCGCAGUGCAAGCACAGCUGCGGGCACUGCAAGCGGAGCCAGCCCUGCUCGCCCAUGGAUGGGUUCUGCCUGGCCUGCGAGCCGGGCUGGAACGGGACCCUGUGCAACCAGCCCUGCCUGCCUGGACGCCACGGGGAGAACUGUUCCCAGGCCUGUCCCCAGUGCCGGGGUGGGGAGACCUGCCACCCGAAGACUGGCGCCUGCCAGGACUGCGAUCCCGGCUGGACAGGACCCAGCUGCGAUGCGCCCUGCCCGGACGGCAUGUUUGGGGACAGGUGCCAGCUCCCCUGCCCAGUAUGCAUCAAAGGGCGCUGCGACCCGGUGUCUGGGGAGUGCGUCUGCCAGGCUGGGUACUGGGGCAGCAGCUGCAAUGAGACCUGUCAGGAUGGGUUCUUUGGUGUGAACUGCUCGUCCCCGUGCCCGUGCACAGGGGGCCCCUGCCACCCACUCUCCGGGGACUGUGCACUCAGGUCUCACUACCAGGGCGCCCUGAUCGCAGGCGUGCUUGUCCCACUGCUGCUCCUGCUGCUCUGCAUCGCCUGCUGCUGCUGCUGUGGGACCGGCCAGGUGGAAGCGAGGGACAGGGCAGCCGUAGCCGACGCGGACGUGCUGUCCCGAAUGAAGCACCACAUGCAGGGGGUGCUAGCCAACCUCAGCUCCAUGCUGCCUUGCUUCUCGCUGGGGGGCUACAAGCUCCCCCGGGUCACAGUCUCGCACCACGACACGGAGAUUCCCUUCAACCCCAGCUUCAUCGAGCCGCCCUCUGCAGCCUGGGCCUCGGACAGCUCCUUCUCCUCCUUCGACUCGGACGACGACGGCCCGGCCUACUGCGUCCCUACCAUUGCCAUGGAAGAUGUGCCAGCAGGCUCUGAGCUUCAGGAAGGCGGCUCCCCAGGGAACGAGUUGCCGGACGCAACAGCCUUUAACUCGGAAGACGUCUCCCAGCCGUUCAUCAUCCCCCGCACGUCCAGCAUUGCCAAGGCCAAGAGGCCCUCGGUGUCGUUUGCCGAAGGCACCAAGUUUGGCCCUCAGUGCAGAAGCGGCUCUGUAGAGAUGCCCAGCACCUCCCGGAAGCCCAAGGCCUCUUGGGGUCUCCCCAAGCCUCCACCGGCCGACGUGGAGGAGAGUGCCCAGCCAAGUGGGCGGCCCAAUGACUACGAAAACGCAGAGCCCAUCGCCACGGGCGAAGACAGCCACCGGCCCUCGCCCCGGAGCACCCCAGGGGGCCGGAGGAGGGUGGUAUCCAGCACCCGGCAUGUGGCCCAGAGGGUGGAGGCCCUCGAGGCAGCUUCAAAGGUGGAGCAGAACGUCACGACCAUUUACAUGACGGUGGGCACGGCGAGGAGGGGCACCCGGCACAGCGGGGGCAGCCAAGGGAGCGGAGAGGGGCCGGUGCAGGCGGUUCUCAAACGGCUGGGCAGUUUCCAGAGAGGCAAAAGGGCCUCCAAGGAGGAGCCCAAAGUGUGCAGAGGCCCUGAGAGCAUCCAGAAGCCUCCCCGUCGGGCCCUGGGCCAGGAGAGGGACUCCACAUACACCCCCACCCCGCCCCAGCAGAGAGAGAGCACCAAGAGCCUAGGCCCGGGCACCGCUGAGCCGCCCGCAGAGCAACAGCAGCACUGUCCUGGGCAGAGACCGUCUCCCAUCCCCGCAGCGCCUGGGGUUUGGGACGCGGAGGCCCAGGGAGAAGAUGAGGCCGAGAAGAGCGAGGGUCCCGAGCGAGCUGGAAAUCUAGAAGCAAACGGACAGGCAGCAGCUGAGGAAGAGGAGCCAAAGUAUGAGAACGUGACUCCCUAUCACAGCAGCCUGCCUCGCAGCCCCUCGGGAGAGUCCCCGGCCACCGCCGCAGAACAUGAGGCCAGCCCCUGAGGCCCGCGGCGCCAACCCCUGCCCCUGCUGCUGACCUCGGCCUCCCCGCAGCAGAGCCGGAGCCAGAGGUGGGCAGGCCUGCGGCUCCUCUCACCCCAGACUUCCCUCCCCGACAUGCUGCACUAGCUGGACCCAUGCCUCGUGCCUCCCUCCAGCCCGUGCCCCGGGUCAGGGGCUGCGUUGUGCUGGGCAGGCUGCCUGCCGAGAGCACAGCGCUGGCACCUGAUGGGCCACGGUGGGCUACAUGUGCAUGGGGUCGUUGCCAGGCAUGGUCAGGCCGGGCUUCUCGGCCCCAGAGCUGGUCAGACAUGACUGCACUGCGACUGCGUGGAAAGCCUGGGCGCUGACCUUGGUGCAGCUGCUCCUGGGCUUCCCGGGCAGCCACCUCGGCUCUGCAGGUUGUAGGGCGUCUUGGCUCCACUGGGCUGGCUGCAGCUGACAAGGCACAGCUUCUGCAGGGCUGCCACUGCCUGCCACGGCCUCCCCUGCUCCCACAGUCCCUGGGAGCCCGGGGGGAGGGGAGCCCAUCCCUGGCCUCCACAGCUCCCCGGUCUGGGGCUGCCUUGCCACGCUCUCCCAGUUUUGCCUGCUCCUUUUGCUGCCUCAGGGGUGCUGGCAGGACCUGCUGCAUGGGCCCACUUAGGAGUGGCCCCCUGGGGAAGUGGGGCCUGGGCUCGCGUGCCGCUCCGCUCCGCUGCGUGAGCACGGGGAUGGGACUUGUUCCUGCCACUGGAGCGGCGGCAGCUGCGCCGCCAGAGCGCACGUGCCACCGAAACGGCUGGCAGUGGCCUGCAGCCGCGUACCCAGCUCGGUGCUGGGAGCCAGCAGCCCGCCGUCCCGGGGAGGCUCUCAGGAGGGGGAGCGCUGGCUUGGACUCCCGGCCGGAGGGGCUGUUGCAAUGGGGGCUUUUUAGUUCACCGUGCCGCGUGGAGAUGGAAGCAGCCCGGGCACGGUUCAUUU